CACAACAAGAGGAGGAAGAGGCAGAAAGACCAGGGUUUGCGUCGUCGUCGACUGCAGCCUUGCGUGACAACACCAGACCGGAUUCGUGUUUCUGGUAUAGACAUUUUUUGGUCGACAAUUUGUCUUCUUCUUCUCGAAGGGGACCAAUCUUAUAUUUACACAUUUCAUCGACCCGUCGACCAGUGUAAAUGAACUGUUCUGUUUGGUGUUCUAACGUGGAUAAAGCUAAGGAAAACCUUCUAAUGGAGGCUUGCUGGGCAAAAUGGCUGGGCUCACUGAAAUGUGAAACGUACGGUUAGCAGUGGUAGCAGAAACAACUGGUACGCAAGGGCGUUUUUAUAAUCAUUUACUCGCAGAAAGACCGUUUAUUUUCACCGCUGGAUACAAAGCAUUUUUGUAUCCAUGCGUUGGGAUUGCAUUUUAUUGUGGAUACCUGCUAUUUUCGACAGUUCGUGUUUUUUUUCCCCCAAUCCGAUUGCUGCUUGACUGAUUUGGCAUUGUUUCUGCAUUCUGUUAUUGUCUCGUCGGGUCAGCUGCGGAUACUCUGUUGAUGUGAACUGACGAACAGAAAGAUAUACGAAGCAACAGCCGACCGAACACAUUUCACAAGUUUGCUUUGGUGUGACAAUUAUAUAUAUAUAUUUGACCGAGACCGAAUUGUAAUCUACAUUAAUUAGGCUAUUAUUGAUAUUCGACACGCCAAUUAAAUUAACACUCAAAACAUUUUUUUAUAUUUACCAAAAGUUGCCCAACUAUUAUAAAACAGACACUUUUUUUCAGUUACCAUUGGACACCGCAUUUUUUUUUCUGCAGGUAAAUACCCCUAAAUAAACCUGCAGUCAUGGGUGAAUUCCUGAAAUACAUCGACUACGAUCACAAGACAAGCUUCUUGAAGAUGUUGAACCAACAGAGGAUGGAAGGGGAUCACUGUGACGUUGUGGUUGUGGUGGAAAACGUUGAGUUCAGAGCUCACCGCUGUGUCCUGGCCGCCUGCAGCAUCUACUUCAAGAAGCUGUUUAAAAAACAGAACGAUGUGGACAACUCCAUCGUGGAGCUCGACUUCAUCCGUUCCGACAUCUUCGAGGAGGUCCUCAAUUACAUGUACACCGCCAGGCUCGCCGUCCGCAAAAAGGACAUCAACCUUAUGAUGUCCUCCGGACAGGUCCUGGGGAUCGCCUUCCUCGACAACCUGUGUUCACAGAAGCGUGAGCCCAAUAUGAAGCUGAGUCGUGAGAACCAGGCGCCAGGGGACGGUAUGAGAGCCCAGGACGCGAUCCUCAAAGAGCUGGCCAUGGAGGAGGUGAGGAAGAACAGCUUCUACGAUGGAGGGAUGGAGGCCAUGGGCUCUGGAGGCCCUCACGGGGUCCCUCCUCACUUCGGCGGGAACAUGUCUAAAGACCCCCACGGCGCCCACGGCUGGACCUCCUCCUCUUCCUCGUCCAGCGAUAUGAAGCUUGACUACCUGCUGUACGGCCACCGCUCUGACGGCAUCCACCCGGGAAUGAAACCGGGCGGAGACGGCCCCAAGAAAGACAAGUCCCACCUGGCCCACCGUCCGUUCGCUUGCGAGGUGUGCCCCAAAACCUUUACCACCCAGGCCCACCUCAAAGAGCACCUGAAGAUCCACACGGGCUUUAAACCGCACCGCUGCCUGGUCUGUGGCAAAGCGUUCAUACGAGGGCCCGACUUAAAGCGACACGAGAGGGUCCACAGCAACGAGAGACCCUUCGGAUGCCAGAUGUGUGAAAAGGCCUUCAAGCACAAGUCCCACCUGCGAGACCACGAGCGGCAGCACCGAGGGGAGAGGCCCUUCAACUGCGGCUCCUGUGAAAAGGCGUUCAUCAAAGCGUCCGACCUGAAGCGCCACUGGAACACGAUGCACAGCCAGCGCAGAACGCUGUCCCCGGCCGCCGCCGCCGCCGCCACCCCGGGCAGCAUCCAGGGAGACACCGACACGCAGAGCCAGAGGGACUGGAAGCUAGAGGCUGGGCCACAUUCGUAAGGACGGACUGUUACACACACACACACACACACCAUGCGUAUAUAGUGACAGACACACUCAUGAAUA